AUGAAAGCUACUGCCCUGUUCGCCGUGGCCACGCUGGGCGCUUUGCCGGGGGUCAUCGCAUCUCCAAGUAAUCUCGAACUAGACGCGCUUGCUUUGGCUGUUCGCGCACUCCCUAAUGCCCCUGAUGGGUAUACCCCGACCAACGUGAGCUGCCCGGCCUCGCGUCCAACCGUGCGCAGCGCCGCCAAGCUGUCGCCGAAUGAGACCUCAUGGCUCGAGACCCGUCGGAGCAAAUCUCUUUCGGCCAUGAAGGAAUUCUUCAGCCAUGUCAAGGUCGGCGAAUUCGAUGUGACCUCCUAUCUUAACAACCAUGCCAGCAACACCUCCAACCUGCCCAACGUUGGUAUUGCGGUAUCCGGCGGUGGAUAUCGUGCGUUGAUGAACGGCGCUGGUGCUCUAAAGGCCUUUGAUAGUCGAACCGAGAAUGCCACCACCAGCGGUCAUCUGGGUGGCCUGCUGCAGUCGGCCACCUACGUGGCCGGACUGAGUGGUGGUUCCUGGUUGCUGGGAUCCAUCUACAUCAACAAUUUUACCACCAUCUCAUCGCUGCAGACUCACACAGAUGGUGCCGUAUGGCAGUUUGGGAAUUCCAUUCUCGAGGGCCCGGAUAGCGGUGGCAUUCAGCUCCUGGACUCGGCUAGCUACUACACAGAUUUGUUUGAGGCCGUGCAAGAUAAGAGGCAUGCUGGGUUUGACACAUCCAUCACAGAUAUCUGGGGUCGUGCUCUCUCUUAUCAGAUGUUCAAUGCUAGCAAUGGCGGAAUCGACUACACUUGGUCCUCAAUUGCCUUGACCAAGGACUUCCAGGAUGGUAACUACCCAAUGCCGCUGGUUGUUGCCGACGGCCGGAACCCCGGUGAGCUAGUGGUGGGCAGCAAUUCGACUGUAUACGAAUUCAACCCUUGGGAAUUCGGUACCUUUGAUCCCACCAUCUACGGUUUCGCUCCUCUCAAGUAUCUCGGCUCUCGGUUCGUCGCUGGCUCGAUCCCCACCAAUGAGAGCUGUGUGCGUGGUUUCGAUAACGCUGGCUUCGUGAUUGGCACCUCAUCCUCCCUUUUCAACCAGUUCAUGCUGCAGCUGAACACCACCUCACUCCCAUCCUGGGCGAAGGACAUCUUCAACGACAUCCUCAACGACCUCGACCAAGACCAGAACGACAUUGCUUCGUAUGAUCCGAACCCCUUCUACCAAUACAACCCUGAUUCGUCCCCUUAUGCCAGCCAAACCACCCUGGACGUUGUGGACGGUGGCGAAGAUCUCCAAAAUGUGCCCUUGCACCCCCUCAUUCAACCCGAGCGCCAUGUCGACGUGAUCUUCGCCGUCGAUUCCUCUGCCGAUACUACCUACAGCUGGCCCAACGGCACCGCUCUUGUCGCCACCUAUGAGCGAAGCCUAAACAGUUCUGGCAUCGGCAAUGGCACGGCCUUCCCUGCUAUUCCCGAUCAGAACACCUUUGUCAACCUAGGCCUGAACACGCGCCCAACCUUCUUCGGCUGCAACUCGUCCAACCUGACAGGCCCUGCACCGCUGGUAGUUUACUUGCCUAACUACCCGUACUCUUUCUACUCGAACGUGUCAACCUUCAACCUGUCCUAUACUGACAGUCAACGUGACAACAUCAUCCUCAAUGGUUAUGAGGUUGCUACCAUGGCCAACAGCACUCGCGACGGCAACUGGACUGCCUGCGUUGGCUGUGCCAUCCUUGCCCGCUCCUUCGAGCGCACCAACACUGACCUUCCCUCGAUCUGCACCCAGUGCUUCGACAACUUCUGCUGGGAUGGCUCACUCAACUCCACCGAGCCGGGUACCUUCGAGCCUAAUUCCCUGAUGACCGUCAGCGCUAGUAGCGCCCUGUCCCUGGUUCCCACGACACUAUCCACUUUGUUUGCGGUUAGUUUGGCGUUGUGCACGUUGGUCUGA